AUGGCCUCUACGGCGACGUCUCCCAAAGCGCUCAAGCGCGCGCUCAAAGAACUCAAGACCCGCGAGCAGCUCGCCUCGACCUGGCUCGUCCGUAUCGGCUUGUUCCUCGCGCUCGCCGCGUGGGCGUACGACGAGUACUACUCGAGCAGGGCGGCGUCGACGACGAGGUCGAGGUCCAAGGAGACGCAGGGCGCAGCAAAGCAGCUCCUGCUGUACGUCGGCGGCGCCAUGGGCGUCGUCAAGCUGGCGCUGCGAUGGUACUUCACGCGCGAGCGGCGCGAGCUGGAAGAGCGAACGCUGGAGGACGAGGGAUCGGAGCGGCAGAGCGGCCGCUCCAAGGGCAGCAGGAAGCGGCGAUAGCGAAG